CGCAGGGGCAAUCAAUUCGACGCCUCAACCAAUCUUCAAAGAAGCAACAUCAUCAACAUCAUUAAGCAAAUCGAACUCAGCACCAUCGAAUUCUAGCGCUUGUCGUCUCAGAGCGACACCCCCGUCCGUUUCUCCUCUCCUCUCCUCUCCUCUCUUUCCUCCACCAGUUUUCUAGGGCGUAGAUUGAACGGAUUGUUUCAUCGACUAUCCACUGUCAUUGAGAUUACUUCUCCGAGGCACAGCCCCGUGCCAAAGGGGUACAACCUACAGCCCAAUCUUCGCCUAUGCUGGUCAUAGAGAGUGGUUGUUGAGACAGCAUAGUUAUCGCGCAUCAACCUACAGUCUACCCAUCAACAUCGAACCAGCCCUGUAUCAAUAUGGCUCCAGCUUCAGGAAUUCUCAAGUCAAAAGCAGCCCCGGGUGCUUCGGGCUAUCAGCCAGUGCAUCAAGAUGAGGGUGAUGGUCACGAUGAUGGCCCUAGGGAGCCUCCCGCUCAACCAAUCAUACCGCGUGGUCCAAUUCGCUCAUACAGGAACACCAUAAUGCUUCUCUCGAGCCUUGUCGUUAUUCUUAUGGCCAUAAACCUCUAUCUUAGUCUUCCACUUGCCUUCUCCGGCUCCGGCUCCGGCUCCGGCUCAUGUCCGGGUGACCCACCCCGAGUUCCCCAGUAUUUUCAGACCUCGCCGCAACUAUGGCCCGGCGUUACUAAAACUGGAAAGCCGGCUUUCAUGGCACAAACCCAUGUCUUUGAGCCUACUGCCACCUUUGUCCCCAAUGAUCCGUUGCAGACAUCUAUCCCUAUCGAAGGCAUGAAGGAGGGUAACCGAAGCAUCUUCCAGAUGAUGGGUUACCUGAGUCCUUAUUCUCCAUCUACAGGCUUCGGCGUGGACGAGUAUCCAAUCCCUCCAGGUGCUGAGAUCGUUCAGGUCCAGAUGCUUUCUCGUCAUGGUGCUCGAUAUCCAACCCCAGGUUCGAACGUCGCAACCCUUGGCGAGCGACUUGCCAAUGCUUCGGCUGGCCUCAAGACCAGUGGCGCCCUUGAGUUUUUGAUGGACUGGAAAUACGAACUCGGAAAGGCUAUCCUAGUCCCAAGGGGCCGACAGGAGCUCUUCGAGUCUGGUGUCUUGCAUAGUUACAUGUAUGGUAGCUUAUACAACCCUCAAAGCAAACUCAUCGUCCGAACUACAACUCAGGAUCGCAUGCUGAAAUCUGCAGAAAACUGGAUGGCUGGCUUUUUUGGCCUCGAGUGGACCAAUAAUGCCACUAUCGAAGUGAUCAUCGAGGCCCCUGGUUUCAACAACUCCCUUGCUGGAGGGCUGAACUGCCCCAACUCUGACAAGGCGGACUAUGUGACUCCUGUAGCCGCAUGGUAUGAGAAGUACCUCAAAGACGCAACUGCCCGAUUCAAUAAUGUGACAAAGGGUUUCACGUGGACACCAGCAGACGUCUGGGCUGCACAAAACAUGUGUCCCUAUGAAACUGUUGCAUACGGCUUUAGUAGAUUCUGUGAUCUCUUUACAUACGAGGAAUGGGAACACUUUGGCUACUCUAUCGACCUUGGAUUCUCUUCGGGGGCUGGGUUCCAAAGCCCAGUAGGCCGAGCUACUGGCCUUGGCUACCAGCAAGAGGUCAUGGCAAGGCUCAAGAAUCAUACCCUCGGUUACUCUGGCUCCCAGAUUAACACGACACUGGAUAGCAUGAAGGAGACAUUUCCUCUGAACCAAAGUCUUUACUUUGACUUUUCUCACGACACCAACAUUAUCUCUAUCCUGACAGCCUUUGGCCUUCGCCAGUUUUCUGAGGAGCUUCCCACUGACAAAUAUCCCGGUGAACAUGAGUUCGUUGUUUCUAAACUGACUCCUUUCGGUGCGCGUUUAGACAUCGAAAUCAUUAAGGCGCCCAGCCCUGUCUCACCAAAGAGAGACGGCUACCUUGAUGGCAAAGAGACCAAGUACAUCCACUUCGUACUUAACCAACGGACUGUGCCUUUGGGCAGGAGUUUUCCGGAAUGUGACGUCAGCCGUAAGGACGGCUGGUGUGACCUGGAUACGUUCAUCGAGGUUCAGGACAAGAUGGCAGAAAAGGCACAGUUCGACUACUCUUGCUUCGGAGAUUACUCGUCAUUACCAUAUGGUAAGGUAACAGACGGUGUGCCGCCUUCUUGAGAAAGUGUGGCCUGGCAUAUAAAGAUAUAAUUCGUGUGUAAAUAUGAGAUGCCACCUAGAUUUAGCAAAACGACAAGUGCCGUUUAGUCCUUAAUUAUAGUUAGCAAUUAGAAUUGGCGCAGCAUGUACCUUUGAAUAAAUGGAAGCAAGACUGCAGCAGGCAUUUGGAUGGGGUUUCAACCAAUUCGAAAAGACCAAAGCAGCUUGAAGUCCCUUCACUGGUGCUUGAUCGAGACAUGUAUAAAUAUAAUAUAUAGUGAUCUGAUUUUGUAACUGUCUAAAAGACCACAUGGCACAAAAUUAUAUACGUGUCCAAUGACCUGCAUCGCUUUUCCAAAGCCAUCCACAUCUACCAAGCGGGUAUUUAAAACAAUCCAAGGCAGAUACGUCGAAAAGAUGGUAAAUCCGUAACGCCUUUGCCUGCUACUCCCAGCAUCCCACAAGUUAAUAAAAAGAAAUUCUGGCAAUAAAAUAACCCCUCUAUAUCAAACAAGGCUAAUAUGACUCGCAAAGAUAACAUUGCCGUAAGCAAGUUUAAGCAUGCUUCUCGGUAAUCACCGCGUCGGGUGCAACAACAUCGGGUGUGUUAAGAGAAGGAGUCUUGCGGACGUCAUCGGAUUCGCUUGGGUUCAUCAUAGACUGGUGCUCCUGGAUGCCAUGGGUAGGCUCAAGUACAUCACCAUCCUCAGCGGGCUCACCACGGUGAGGGCUCCAAGCAAGGAAGUCUCGGCGGACCUCGACGUAGUCGUAAGAGAACUCGCCGUGCUGAUCGUCAUCCAUACCAAGGAGCUCAGCCUCUUCAGAGGCACGGAGCUUCAGUCCAGGAAUGAAGUCGAUGAUCUUAGCAAUGAUGGCAGACAUGACGAAGGCAUAAGCGGAGGCAGCGACAAUGGCAGCGAUUUGCCAGCCAAUAAUGACGUAGUUUCCAUCCAUGAAGCCACCUGUAGCACCGGUGUUGACGCCGUCGAGGCCAAUGAUGGAGCCACGGGCGAAAAAAGCAUUGAAGAUGAGGCCAACGAUACCACCGACACCGUGCUCGGCAAAGACAUCGAGAGAGUCGUCAAUUCGAACAAGGAACUUGACUGCGUGUGAGGUCAGCGACUGUGUGUAAAAAGAAAUGAUAAGACAACUUACUCUUGGUGGCAAAGUUACAAGCGACACCAGCGACAACACCCAGGAUGAUGCUAGCCCAAGGGUCGAGGAAACCGGAAGCAGGAGUAGCAGCAACAAGACCAGAGAUAGUGCCAGAGCACCAGCCGACCAUGGACCACUUGCGAGCCAGGCGGAAAUCGAGAAUGCACCAAGUCAUAGCAGCAAACAUGGCAGUGAGGCAGGAGUUCCAGCAAGCCAUAACAGCACGGAGGUUAGCACCGAAAGAAGAGCCACCAUUGAAGCCGAGCCAACCAAACCAGAGGAACAUGGUACCGAGAGUGAUGAGAGAGAUGUUGUGAGGACGGAAGUUCAUCAUCAUCUUCUCAUUGCGGCGGCCCAGAACCCAAGAGUAGGCGAACGCGGACAUGCCAGAGCCGAUCUCGACGGGAACACCACCAGCGUAGUCGAGAACGCCGUUAACGAAGCCCCAACCAUUGGGGUUCCAGACCCAGUACGCGAGAGGGCAGUAGACAAGAGUAGCCCAGAAGAAGAUGAAGACCAUGCUCGGCACAACGCGGCCUCGCUCGGCGACAGCACCGACUGUAAGAGCGCCAGUGACGGCGCAGAACAUCAUCUGAUAGAAAGAGUAAAGCAGAGCAGGGACAAGAGGAGAUCCGACUGAGGGAGCACCCCAAACCUUCAUAAGACCGAAAUGCUUGAGAUCACCGAUGAAGGGGUUGUUGGAAGUUGUAGAGAAGGCGAGAGAGAAGCCCCAGAAAUACCACUGGAAGACAAUGACGGAGAAGGACAUCAUAACAACCCAGAGCAUGGAGAGGGCUGACUUUCUUCGGGCAAGACCAGAGUACAGGAAGGCGAUGCCAGGGACCAUGAGAAGGACGAGACAGGCGGAGAGGAUGAUGAAGGCCUGGUCACCGGAUUGGUACCAUUGGUUGAGGUUCUCGGUAGCUGGAGAAGAAUCGUGUUAGUAUUGGAUUGUGAUGAUGAUGAUGAUGAGUAUUCGCGUUGUCGACGACGGAAAAACAUACUGGAAUCACCACCAAGCUCUUGGUUGGUGCCAUUGAAGGCAGUCGGGGGUCCAGGGAUAACAUAAGACAUGUUGAAUUAUUGUGUAUAAAGUCUCGUGGGAUCUCGUUUCGUAUGUUCGUCGGGUUCAGGUUGUCGAAAUAUGGAAGAGGUGAGAUUCGAUGAAGCUGAGCAGAUCCCUCUCACGUUAAAUGACGAGCAAGGUGAAGUAAGUGACGAGUGAGUCCUAGGAAGAGCAAGAGGAAGGAAAGCUCCACCGGUUAUAGGAAGUUAUGGAAACAACCUAGUGGGAUAAAAACGGAAGGGAAUAUGGAGAAGAGAAACAGGAAAUGCAGGUGAUGGGGCAAGACUUUAAUAUAAUUGUUUGACAUGCCUACAUGCCUCACUGUACAGUACUGCUCUAUCUUAGACUCAACCCAACGCCAAAUCCAUAUCCAUAUCCAUACCCAUACCCAUGCCGGCCGCGGGUCUGUCUCCAUGAGCCAAAAAACGCCAUGGAUGUCCUGGGCGUGGGACAAUUUGUUGCAGAUCUCCUGGUAUGGUACGGGCAUAGAUAGAGGCGCGACACACAAUGAGAGACAAGAGAUAGAGAUAGCAGCAGAGCUGAGCUGGGGGCACCAGAGAUAGAGCCCAGGGCAGAGAUAGCGAGUCUAAGGGUACGUACCAGCAUGGCUCAGCCUUUCACAGGGCUGUACGAGCACCCGUUAGUCGCUGUGAUACCGCCAUAGAUUGAUCUGAUACAGCGUAGUAACCAGUUGGACACAUACAAAAACCACAAACCACAAACCAUCUCAUGGAUGUUUAUCGGUACGUACCCUCCCAAUUGAUAGAGAUAAAGAUAGCGGCGCCUGCAUGCUCUGUCCAGGUACCGACCCUAGCGUCAACGCGCUUACACGUCUUUGGUAAGGCGUCUACUAUGUCGACUCCUCUUUGCGCCGUUCUCGGCUGGUUCCUGGGUUUUCGAGAUCGAAGAAACACCCCUGUCUUUGUCGUCUCGUCCCGGACAGAGUCCGCAUCGCUUCUUGACACGCCCUC